AUGGCGAUGCAUCUAGCAACCUACUAUCAACACACACACCCACGAGCAUACGGCGCCCCAAGUGCGCCCUCCAACCCCUACACACGCCAACCACAGCAGCACACCUACCAGCGGGAACACCCUCAGUCGCCGCCAUCGCCACCUGCGGAAGAAAAGAAGCCCUCUCUGCCCUCACUCCCGUCCAUCUCGAGCCUACUGGAGAUUGCUGGUGGUGAUAACACUGCGUCCGAAACAGGUUCCAUGCAGCAACCACCACAGCCACAGACGACCCGACCUGAGCAAACACCCGCCUACAGUGCAGCACCCCAAGCCGUGAACACCCACAGGAUGACUCUGCCGCCGACUCCGCCUAUGCAUUCAGAUGUCGCUGGCGACGGCAACCGCUCACCUUCAGCUGCUUCCUCCCACUCAGCGGCGUCAGCGCCGUACUACAGUGGCUCGUUGAACAACCUUGAGCCUCACCAACAGCGCCAACCGACGGCUGCAAUGCCCCCCAUGAAGCGCGACUCGAUGCAAGCGCACUCAAUGUCCCCGUAUGGUGCCUCGGUCUACGCCCAGUCUCCCUACGUUUCCUCGCCCAGCGGUACAUCAGCGACUUCCUUCUACUCCCCCGAGCAACAUUCCUAUGGCAACAUGGGCAUGUAUGCGCAGAGACCGCUCCCUUCACACUUCCAGCCCCAAGGGAUGCCCCUCCCGGUACCUGUUCCCAGCCCUGGUGCCACUGGCUCCAACCCAUGGCAACACCACCACUACAUCAGCACGUCCAGCCAGUCAGCAUUUCCUCAGUCGCAAGAUCGCUACAUAUGCUCGACGUGCAACAAGGCUUUCUCGAGACCAAGCAGUCUGCGCAUACACAGCCACAGCCAUACCGGCGAGAAGCCUUACAAGUGCCCUCAACCAGGCUGUGGCAAAGCUUUCAGCGCGUCAGGCGAACCAGCAUCAUCAGUUCAGACCAGCGGCUCAACCAACAGUCUUUAG